GACAGGAACGGAGACGGAGCCCGGGUGACAUGGGAGGGGAAAGGCCUAUAAAUGGGGUGCAGGGGAGCACAGCAGCAGCUGUGUCAAACCAAGACUAACCCUUACUCAUUGUUUUUCAUCUCUCCUGAAAUCUCAUCAUGGAUAUCCCCAUCCAGUAUCCCUGGUACCGUCGGGCCUUCCCACAUCGGCUCCCUGACAUCUCCUUGGCAGAGCCUCUCUCUGAUUGGCCCCUCUGGCCCUUUUCCUGGUCCUUCCCCUGGAUGCGCCCGUCGUUCACACGCUGGUUCAACUGGCCCGAAAAUGGACACACUGAGAUGCGCAUGGAAAAGGAUCGCUUUGUCAUUUAUCUGGACGUGAAGCACUUCUCCCCCGAAGAGCUGUCUGUCCACAUCAGUGACGAGUUCAUCACAAUACAUGCCAAACACGAAGACAGACAGGACGACCACGGCUUUGUGUCAAGAGAGUUUCUGAGGAAGUACAGGCUUCCUGCCGGCGUGUGUGGAGAUGUCACCUCCAGUCUGUCAUCUGAUGGUGUGCUGACGAUCACGGCACCUCGCUCAUCCCCUGGACCGGAGCGCAAUAUUCCCAUUUCCUGUGAAGACGGAACACCGAAACAGAAAAUGUAGAGCAGAGCACUGACACUCCUGACACCGUUUCACUACUAACCCCAAGUGCUGCCUAUUGUCAUCUUUAACCUGUCACAGUCGUGUUGGGAGUUCAGCACACACAUAUAUACAGUAGGUGGGGCAUACUGUACAUGUCUAGAUGUCUAUCGGUGCAAGUGCCUUCUAAUAAACUAGAAUCUAACUCCUAACUCCUUAUUACUCAGCAAGACAACAUUGUGUUUAGAAAAAGACUAACAUGUUGAGCCAUGUAAAAGAGUCUGUUUGACAGUGCAUUGAAGUUUUGCAUAGACACACUGUUGUGUGAUGCAGUUAAUUAUUCAUACCUCUGUGCCAAACAUAUUCACACCACCAUGUAGCCACUAUGUAAAUGCAUCAAAGUCAUGUAAUCAUGAUUUGUAAGGCAAUCCCUAUCUUCAUCAGGCUAUAGUUGUUUGUUGUAUGUAUUACAACAUACAAUGUCUAUCCUCUCAAAAUUGUCAACUGAAGAUGAUUACAAACUGUGUUAAACUUAAUUGUAUCUGUAGAACACAAUACUGGCAGUUUGUGUAAGAUGCCAACUUGUCUGUUGCAUGAGAUUAGUGUUAGUUUCAGUAUGUGUUAGGAGGAAGGAGUUCUCUGGAGGCAUAUCUAGUCAUUUUUAGUUUGUUCAGCAAAAAAAAAAAGCCACCAAAGGACUUGGGACCAGGUGUGUAAUCUGUUGAGAGGAAAAGGAUGAAUGAGCAGGAGGGAAAGUAGUGGACAAGGAAGGAACUGAUCACUGGGCUCCUUUUCCAGAGAGCAUGGACUGGAGCAUGGACUCUGAGCUGCUAAGGAUAGAGAGUGUGUGUGUGUGUGUGUGUGUAUGUGUGUGUGUGUGUGUGUGUGUGUGUGUGUAUGUGUUUAUGUGUUUGUAUGUGUGUGUGUUUAUGUGUGUAUGUGUUUGUGUGUAUGUGUUAAUGUGUAUGUUUGUGUGUGUGUGUGUGUGUGUGUGUGUGUGUGUGUGCGAGAGAGAGAGAGAGAGAGAGAGACAAAGAGAGAACAUUUGCUUGUAGAUGCAAGAAUCAUCUGCUUUGUCAUCCCAUGAUAUUGGCACCAACCCUGUGGCACCUUAUUACAGAAAUACAUCAAAUGAAAUAAAUGUUGAAACUUAUAUCUAAAAAAAUA